UACAGAAACCCGUCUUUAAAUAAAUCAAUUGCACCAUAUGUAUAUUCCCUACAGAUAUAUCUGAAUGGAAGAAUUUGCAUGUCGCGUAGUGAUUUACAGAAAGAUUUCAAACUGAUUCCAUAUCAAAACAAAUUUGAAAUCUAUCAAUAUCCGGUCUAAACACGUCAUAUUAUGUCAUUUACAUAUUUCGACUCACAAAAGUGCAAAAAGCAUAUCUGCUUUUUCUCCCAUUCACCAAUUUGGUUCUGAUCUCAUGCUGGGGUACUGUUAUGUCUUCUGCUACUAAAUGGAACUAUGAUGAAGAACAUGAUACCAAUAAUGUGCACCAAGAAUCAAAUCCUGCCACUUUUCUCCUCCUAUAUUAUGGUGAUGGGCCAGCAAGAGUACAAGUGUAGAACCUGAAGUAAGACGAGAGUUUUUCAGCAGCAAUGAAGGGAGGCUCAUUUACAGUCUUUUACCUGGGUUUCAAACCUCAUAUUCUUAUGGUUCUGACUCAAAUCGGCUAUACUUUCAUGUAUAUCAUAACAGAGGCUUCCUUCAACCACGGGAUGAAUCCUUCCGUCUAUGUCACCUAUCGACAUAUUGUGGCUGGUAUAACAAUGCUACCUUUUGCAUAUUUUAUGGAAAGAAGAAUUCGUCCAAAGCUAACAUGGGCACUGUUCCUGGAGAUUUUUGUUCUUUCUCUUCUUGGGGUGAGUUUAACAAUAAAUAUGUACUUCACAAGCUUGAAAUUCACCUCAUCAACACUAGUAGCAUGCAUGGUGAAUACAAUAGCUUCCUUGACAUUUAUUCUGGCUGUCAUACUCAGAAUGGAGAUUGUAAACGUCCGAAGCCCUCGUGGGAUUGCAAAAAUCCUAGGAACUGCAAUCUCGUUGGCUGGUGUUAUGACGAUGACAUUGUACAAGGGACCCGCUUUACAAAACAUAGGACAUGGAAUCAUUCAUAUAAAAGGAAGCACAACAGCUGUCCACAAGAACUGGUUGCAAGGCUCCAUUCUUGCGGUUGCAAGCUGCAUCACAUGGUCAGCAUGGUACAUUAUGCAGGCGUACACUUUGAAACGAUAUCCAGCACAGCUUUCACUGACUACAUGGAUGAAUCUUGUUGGAGCAGCACAAUCAGCUGUAUACACAGUUAUUGCACAACAUAAAAAAGCAGCAUGGACCAUCGGCUUUGAUAUUGAUCUCUGGUCCACUUUAUAUGGUGGAGUAGUUGUCUCGGGCAUAAUAAUCUUUGUUCAACUAUGGUGCACAGAAGCAAAGGGACCAGUAUUUGUGACGAUGUUUAAUCCCCUCUCAACAAUAUUAGUGGCACUUUUAGCAUAUUUUGUCCUUGGUGAAAAGCUAUAUGUUGGAAGCAUACUAGGUGGUGUUAUUGUAAUAAUGGGACUCUACUUGCUCUUAUGGGGAAAAGAGCAUGAUGAACCAGAAACAAAGCUGAAAGAGCAGGAAGAUCCAAAGACCAUGAUACUUCCCCCAGAUGAAAAUGCUUUGAAAGAAGAACCUUAGAUGUUCCUGAUGUAGCUUAGUGCACAAAAUCAGCAAAUCUAUAGAGGAUGAGCUCAAACAUGCUCAGUUGAAAAGAGAAACAAGAAAAACAAAGUAAUCAUGCCUGGAGAAAGAAAAUGACCAUGAAGCUCUAUCAAACAGUUGAAUUCAAAGUGACGGAUGUGGUUCAAAAUCUGGCCAAUGGUUUUUAAAUCAUGUAUAUACUUGUUUGGUUUCAUGUUCACUUUUUGAAACAGUGAUGAAAGUAAAAACAUGUUUUUUCAUACGUGUUUUUACUGGAAAUAGAAAGAGGUUAAAUACACUUUA